AUGCCGGCGUACCACUCCAUCUUCCUGGGCGACCAGGGCGUCCAGCUAAUAGGCAACUUUCCGCUCCUCCCGCUUCGCACGAAAACCCGUGGUCCAGCAUACACCCUUCCAGCUCUUCCUCCCAAUGUUGACCCCCUCGACGUCGACCCGGACUCCGAGUCCUACGAUUGCCUCGACGAAAUCCUGAGCUUGUUCCGCGCCAACACUUUCUUCCGCAACUUCGAAAUCAAAGGUCCCGCAGACCGCAUGCUCAUCUACGGCAUCCUCUUCCUGUCGGACUGCUUGACGAAAGUAAAACCGAACAUGGACUCCCGUGCGGCCGAGAAGGCCCUGAUAAACGGAGCGCUGGAGCAGUUUAGCAUUCCAGGGGAGCCAGGAUUCCCGCUCAACCAAGCGUAUGAGGCACCGAGAGACCGGAACGAGGCUGAGGCUUUGAGGAGUUACUUGAGUCAAGUGAGACAGGAACUGGCAAUCAGGCUGCAUGCUCGGCUCUACGCGGAUGGAAGCAAUGUACCGAGCAAGUGGUGGCUAAGUUUCACAAAGAGAAAGUUUAUGGGGAAGAGUUUAUAG